CAGUGACAUGUCGUCCAUCGCCGGAAAUACAUGGCAAUUCGAGUGUGAAGAUGAUGGCGUACAUACUGAUUCACUCCUCAAUAGACUGACGACGCAGGAGUUCGAACGCUCCAUGAACGCUCAGUCCACACAAAGUGACUUAUCCUAUGCAUCAUCUGAAUCGUCUGUCUCUGCCGCAUCGAUGUCAUCGGUCGCCCAUGAAUUCUUGCAUUCGGAUCGGACAAACGCACAUCGGGAUCAUCGACGUUCUUCUGCGGAUAUCCACGCGUCUUGGGAAGACUUUCGUCGGCAUAUUUUGGAACAAUUCGGUGAGGUAGAGGUACGACGACAAGAGAUUGUUUGGAAACUAGCGGAGUCGGAGGCAACUUUCGUAGUCAACCUGCAGAAUAUGGUGCAACUCUUCAUCCUUCCUUUACGCGUUCGAAGUACGAAGGUCUGGGUUUCUGGCAGUUCCAGACGACGUCUCGAGGCUGUUUGACUGGUUGGAAGACAUCGUACACCUCCACACAAAAUUAUCCGCCAGUCUCACCGGUCUUCGGGAUGUGCACAACUCCGACCUGCAAUGCGUCGGGGAAGUUCUUCGACCUUUCAUGGCAAAGCUUGAAAUAUAUCAGCCUUACCUGGUAAAGCUGGAGUUUGUCGCAACCAGAAUCGAACAUCUUGUCGCCCAGGAGAAAAGUGACAUCGGAGAUUUUAUCAAGCUACAAGAGCGCUCCUCCGCCUGCCAGGGAUGGUCAUUGGAGAAAUACUUGGUCGAACCUGUCCAAAGGCUCUCCCAAUACCCUGACUUUUUUCACGUG